AUGCAUACGAGGCGCCUGGUCAAGCGCUCCAUCCUCGGCAGCCGCGUUUACGCCCCGAGUCCGACGGGGGACGGACUCCCGGUGACGGGGGUGGUCCAGGCUGUCAAGCAGGAGGACAGGGACGCGGCGGCGGCCGCCGGGGCCCGGCGCAGCGUCUACACGGUGCUCAUGCAGGACGGGAGCCUGAAGGAGUUCACCGAGGAGGAGCUAGCAACCGGCCACACCGCGACCAAGGGACCGCUCAAGUCCAGCCGGAAGGCAGGCUGA